CUCUGACUGCAUCAGCGCGGCUCACACCGCGGGCUUGGAGUUUCAGCUGUUUUCCCUGCUCCAGGCUGAGUUAGAAGGUCACACAGACCGGACUCUGCCGGGGGAGACGGCGCAGGGAGCACACACCGCCAGUCUGUGCGCAGAGCUGGAGCCAGAGGCCGCGGGGACACCAUGCACGCCCCCAACUGAAGCAGAACCUCAAAGCCGCAGCGCCCGGCAGCUCAAGCGGAUUUCAGAGAGCUCAGACUCAGAGGAACCCUUGAGGAGAGACACCCCCCAUCACCCCCGUGAAGCCCCUUGCAGGACCGUGCUCACCCCGACGUUCCGCUACUGCAGACAGGAGUGCACAGUGGCCCCGGCUCGCCGCGCCAUGGAGCGGAUCCCCAGCGCGCAACCGCCCCCCGCCUGCCUGCCCAAAGCUCCAGGACUGGAGCCCGGAGACCUACCUGGGAUGGAUUUUGCCCACAUGUACCAAGUGUACAAAUCGAGGCGGGGAAUAAAGCGGAGCGAGGAUAGCAAGGAGACCUACAAACUGCCGCACCGGCUCAUCGAGAAAAAGAGACGUGACCGGAUUAACGAGUGUAUCGCCCAGCUGAAGGAUCUCCUACCCGAACAUCUCAAACUUACAACUUUGGGUCAUUUGGAAAAAGCAGUGGUUCUGGAACUUACCUUGAAGCAUGUGAAAGCACUAACAAACCUAAUUGACCAGCAGCAGCAGAAAAUCAUUGCCCUGCAGAGUGGUUUACAAGCUGGUGAGCUGUCGGGGAGAAAUGUUGAAGCAGGUCAAGAGAUGUUCUGCUCAGGCUUCCAGACGUGCGCCCGGGAGGUGCUUCAGUACCUGGCCAAGCAUGAGAACACUCGGGACCUGAAAUCUUCACAGCUCGUCACCCACCUUCACCGUGUGGUCUCAGAGCUGCUGCAGGGGGGUACCUCCAGGAAACCGUCCGACCCAGUUCCCAAAGCCAUGGACUUCAAGGAGAAACCCAGCUCCCUGGCCAAAGGCUCUGAAGGCCCUGGGAAAAACUGUGUGCCGGUCAUCCAGCGGACUUUCGCUCACUCCAGUGGGGAGCAGAGUGGCAGUGACACGGACACAGACAGUGGCUACGGAGGAGAAUCCGAGAAGGGUGACUUGCGUGGUGAGCAGCAGUACUUCAAAAGCGAUCAUGGACGUAGAUUCACCAUGGGAGAAAGGAUCGGUGUUAUUAAGCAAGAAUCUGAAGAACCCCCAACAAAAAAGAGCAGAAUGCAGCUCUCAGAUGAUGAAGGCCAUUUCACGGGCAGUGACCUGAUCAGCUCCCCGUUCCUGGGCCCCCACCCACACCAGCCUCCCUUCUGUCUGCCCUUCUAUCUGAUCCCGCCGUCAGCAACUGCCUACUUGCCCAUGCUGGAGAAGUGCUGGUAUCCCACCUCCGUCCCCGUGUUAUACCCGGGCCUCAAUGCCUCAGCGGCAGCCCUCACCAGUUUCAUGAACCCAGACAAGAUCUCAGCCCCCUUGCUCAUGCCCCAGAGACUCCCUUCUCCCUUGCCUUCCCAUCCAGCUAUCGACUCCUCUGCCCUGCUCCAAGCUUUGAAGCAGAUCCCCCCUUUAAACUUAGAAACCAAAGACUAGGGGACCCUGCUGCUCUGCUCUCCUUCCUCCCUACUCCCCCGCCCCUCUCCAAAAAACAAACAAACA